AUGGAUUUGACACCAAGAUAUGAGUAUGGUUCGAAAAAUUUAUUGUUGUUCUUGUCAUCAUCAUCAUCAUCAUCAUCAUCAUCAUCAUCAUCAUCAUCAUCAUCAUCAUCAUCAUCAUCAUCAUCAUCAUCAUCAUCAUCAUCAUCAUCAUCAUCAUCAUCAUCAUCAUCAUCAUCAUCAUCAUCAUCAUCAUCAUCAUCAUCAUCAUCAUCAUCAUCAUCAUCAUCAUCAUCAUCAUCAUCAUCAUCAUCAUCAUCAUCAUCAUCAUCAUCAUCAUCAUCAUCAUCAUCAUCAUCAUCAUCAUCAUCAUCAUCAUCAUCAUCAUCAUCAUCAUCAUCAUCAUCAUCAUCAUCAUCAUCAUCAUCAUCAUCAUCAUCAUCAUCAUCAUCAUCAUCAUCAUCAUCAUCAUCAUCAUCACCAUCAUCAUCAUCAUCAUCAUCAUCAUCAUUAUUAUUAUUAUUAUUAUUAUUAUUAUUAUUAUUAUUAUCGUAG